AACUAAAAAUCUUGUCAAGAAUAGUGCAACAUAAUUAUGCUAGUCCUUUAUUCAUAACAUUAUGAACCUUCAGUAUUAUUUACAUUUAUAAAGGACCCUCAAUCCUUCCAAAGGAGUACUUGUUCUUACUAAUCAUGGGAUCUAAGCUCAACUUGACGGAAUCUGAACGCCUGUCCUUGUGGGAUGAGACAAGGAUCAAAUUAUUAAUUCCAACUACCGUUUUUCUGAUUCUAUGCGCUGUGGUUGGGGUUUUCGGCAAUGGAGUGGUUAUUUAUAUCUAUGGACUCCGACUUCCUAAAAAAUAUGAGGGGCGUUAUUUCAUACCCUAUUUGGCUCUAGCCGAUCUUUUUGCUGUGGUUAUCUCAGUAGAACUUCAUACGGUCAACAAUUUCUUUCCUGUAACUUACAAGAUGGAAACACUUUGUAAAUGGAAUUUUGUAUUUGGAUUUUUUGCUUCCGGUUUUGCUUCAAAUAUUCUGCUGAUAAUCGCUGUGCAGCGCUAUCUUAAAGUUUGCAAACCACUUGGAGGGCAGAUGACUUUGUUCUGGAGACGUUUUUCUUUGUGUCUGACGUUCGUUCUUUUAAGUAUUUUGAUUGUUCCAACAUACUUCACAUUUGGAAUUGAGAGAGUUUACAACAAAGAACUGAACGUAAACGGAACUGCUUGUCGUAGACUGACCUCGAGCACACCGACUUUGUCUCUAAUUCGAAGCGUCACAUAUACCUUAAUCAUUCUAAUCGGAGUAAUUGUAUUAAUUGUCUUGUAUAUCCUAAUAGCAAAGGUCAUAUAUCAACAACACAAUCAAAACAGGGGAGAUUCAAAGAAGAAAAAGACAAAUAUUUCGUUGAUGUUCAUGAUAAUUACAAUAAUAUUUCUUGUAUUAUGUUUACCUAGAAUGAUCACGUCCGUUUUGGAGGGCAACAACACUGGUUUUUGGGAGACCCUGAAUGUAGAAGAGUAUGCUGCAAUGAGGGUGUUACAAGUAGUGUAUAUCUUGAACCACGUAGCUAAUCCAUUUGUGUAUGCUUUCUUGGAUGUCAAAUUUAAGACUGAGUUCAAACAGACGUUUAUGUGUAGAAAUUAGUGACACCUUCAAAAGUUCGCUUUUCCUCUUAUCGUUACCGCUUUACAAUUUUGUUUUGAUAG